AUGCCGCAAGGAAGCGGCCAAACAUUUAGGCCAGCUUCAGCGCAGGCGCCACCGAGAGCGGCCCCGGCACCAUCUACGCCUCAGGCACCGACUAGUUCGACGCCUGGCAGCGGCUGCUUGAAAUGUAAAUCCACCACUCACAAGGUCCGUGAGUGUCCUGGAAUCACGGAUGACGAAGCCGUGCGACUGCUUAAAGCACAUGGCCGGGUGCUUGGCCAAAAACGUGGUGACUGGAGCCGUGGUGACGGUCGGGCUGACGCCGGCCGAGGACGCGGAAUACCUGGUGGUCGUGUAGCGACGAUGCGAACGAACACCGUUAAGGUGGGCCGCGAAGACCUGACGGCCACGGUGGAUGGUGUCGUACCGGUCCGAGCCUCGCUACUAGACUCGGGCGCUGACCUAUCGGUUGCUUCAGGCGGUCUAGUCUCAGCGUUGUUGGCGGCAGGUGCAGCUCCCGAAAUUAUCAUGUUGGGGCCCACGACCCUCCGGCCUUACGGCACGGAUAGUCGACCGAUCACUGUGACGAAGCAAGUUCGUCUUGGACGCCUGGAAUUCAACACGGGGUGUGGACCGCUAAUGUUUCGCGGCCUUCGCGUUUGGAUCGACGAAGCGGAGGCUGCCGUGGAACUGACGCUUGGGUUGCCGGUGAUGCAGAAGGUCGGAUAUAGUGAGCAGACACUACUCGAGAACGCGCGUCGGCAGCAGGCGGUAUGGGACUUUGACGAUCAGCCGGACACGACGCCUGGCAUAGCGAUGCAUCGGACACUCCGCAUGGAGGAGCUGUCCGACGGUAUUGACGACGACGAAGGCAUGUGCUGCGCGACGCCAGAAUUGGGUAUGAUACCUAGUCUAGCUGACGCCGAGACAGUUCAUACCGUCUUGAUGGCCAAGGUGGCCGAGGCAGCAGCUGACGGCAUGGAAGAACCUGCCGUUGAAACCCUCCAAGACCUCCUGCUGGAGUUUCGAGAUGUUUUCCGCCUGAGGUUUGGGCGAGAUCCUCCAGUCCGAGUGAAGCCUUUGAAAGUGCACCUCAAACGGGUGUCCGUACCGGUGAAGUCAGGGCUCAGGCGUUACCCUCCGACCCACAUGGCGUUUCUCGAGAAGCAUGUGCGGGAGUUAGAAGAGGCGGGCUUAGUGUAUCGGAACACUCGGUCACGUUGGGCGGCUGCCCCGAGGAUUGUCCCGAAAAAAGAUCCGGGCGACCUGCGGAUGACGAUUGACUCGAGGCCAAUCAAUGCAUGCACCGAGCCGAUGCCUAACCUCGACGUCGCAAUGGGCGUGCUGAAGGACUCGCUCGUCUACUUUUCGCUGGAUUGGAUUAAGGGCUACUGGCAACUGCCUUUACCCCCCGAUUCCCAGGAGUAUUACUCCUUCAUGACACCGGUCGGUGUUGUUACGCCGACCCGGGUGUUAAUGGGACAGUCUGACGCAGUGGCCUAUUGCCAAGGUGUGGUCGACGAACUGUUCGGCGAUCUGCUCAUGCAUGGUGUCCUCGGAUGGCUUGACGAACUACUGGGAUACGCCGGUACGACCACGGAGCUUUUGCAGUUGCUCCGACAAGUGUUGGGGAUCUGCCACAUUUCCGCGCAAUCGCCGAGCCGAGUGCAAGGCCUGUGCGGGCUCGAGCCACCGCAGACCGCUGCGGACCUCCAGCAGUUCCUGUGCGCGACGAAUUGGAUGCGUGCGAACAUCCCUCAGUACACCGAGCUAGUUGCCCCGUUGACGAGGUUGAUGGAUAUCGCGGCCAAUGCAGCAGACCCCCGCAAGAAAACCGCGUUGACAAGAGUGGCAUUGAGUUCAGUCGGAUGGGCCGAGGAUCAUUUGACCUGUUUCGAGCGACGCUACAGUGCAUGGUGCCUCUGUCCCACCCGGACCCUGAUAAGAUGUCGCAACGCAGGAUCAAAUCAGGAUCUCGCACUGCCUGCAAAUGACCAGCGACACGAGCCGUUGAGUUUCCUGAGUGGCGCUUUCCGAGGUUCGAGCAAGCGAUGGCCGGUUGUCGAGAAGGAGGCGUUUGCGGUGGUUGAGUCCUGCAAACAAUUGGAAUGCCUCCUGAUUCGGCCCGGCGGUUUUCGGCUCUUUACCGACCAUCGCAAUAUAGUGUACAUGUUCAACCCGUUGAGGUCGAACUCGAACAUGGCCAAGUAUCAGGCCCACAAGCUUCAGCGGUGGGCGCUGACAAUGACAACAUUUCCAUAUGUGGUGGAAUGUGUCGCCGGGGAAGACAAUCUAUGGGCCGACCUCCUCAGCAGAUGGGGCAGUUUAGCGGGGCCCGACCGAGGCGCCCGAAUGCAGAAACUGGCAUUAGUUUCCUCGUUACGUGCCGAGGAAUUCAUUUGGAUCCCUGACGAUGCGCUGGACAUGCAAGUGCGCAUAUGUGUGGUAGCUCAUGCGGGCGUGGCUGGUCACCGCCGCGUGGAAGCAACAACUGCCUCGGUAGCCGACAUGUUCGAUUGGCCGACCCUGAAAGCCAACGUGAAGAAUUUCGUCCGCGCAUGUCUCCAUUGCAUGGAGAGUCUGUGCCUCGGCCUUGGAGCGAAGCAUUGCAUGCGACCAAGCCCAACGAGCUAA